AAGGAGAGGAUGGAGAUUCUGACGCUGAUUAUAUCCUUUCUUCAGAAUAUAUUAUCUCAUUAAUAUUGUGUGAUUAUUAAUCAAGUGUUUGAUCAGUAUUUAACCUCCAAGAUUGUUGUAUGAUGUGAUUAAAUGAAGAAAGCCAUCUAUAUAACUAUAGAUUGAUGCAUGCUUACUUAGAAACAUAUUAUUCCUUCCUAGAACUGACAGGUUUUACAUGUCAUGGACAUGUGUGUGAGUAUUCUUUUUCCUAGGGUCACCAGGUCAGCUAAAACGGACCAGGGGGCCUCUUCUAUGUGCCAUGGGAGAGACAUGCUGUCUCCUAACAUGUCUCAACGGACAUUAGAUAUUAAGAACUCUGUUUUAUCCUGUCUUCUUAUUCUUUAAGAUUAAUGUCAGCCUGCCCUUUGUGUGUAACCAACUGUAGUGAUAAAAAGACUUGCCAGUGCAAGAAAACCUUGGGAAUAAGCAGAUAAGGGCUGAGUUUGUGUAUGUGUGUGUGUGCCCAUAAAGUGAUGAGACCAACAUUGCUGGAUUCCAGACCUAGGAUGAGGUGCCUUCUUCAACCGUGCUGACGCCUGCUAUAAUCACUGGAGAUAUGCUGAAGAUGUAUAUGACCAUAUGUGAAGAUUGUCUAAGUUUAUCUAGGUUUUGGAACCAAUCAGAUCGCUGCUGACCAGUGCUUUGACGCAUUUGAAGUCUUCUGUCUGGAGUAUAACUAUGACUGAUUUUGUAUUAUACGGCAGUUCAGCUUACGAACUCCUGCGAGGGUAUUGACGCUGACUUCUGCCUAUGAAACUGCAAACUAUUUCCUUAAUUUAAUGGUGGAGGAUCGGCGGGCAAUCGUUCUUUGGUGACAUCCCUGAUCAAUCAUCAAAAACCAAAAGAUGUCCGGACCUGAUGAUGUGCUGAAGCUGCUGAUUCUUCAUGAAGAAGCACGCAGAGAAAGACGUCUGAAACUUAGACGAGCAUUCAUUCGAUUGGUUAUUCCGCUCUCAAUUGUAAUGUUAAUUUUGAUUGCUUUAUCAUUUCUGCUCUGGAUUCAAAUCUCUCUCUCAACAGGACGUUUUCAUGCGUUCUCAACAAAUUGGGAUUGUGAAAUGACCGACUGCCGUCCUUCUUGGGUUAGAUACCCAUGCCUAAAUUCUACAGAGGGUCUAAAUUUGCUUCCUACUAUGUAUCAGAAAGUUAAGAAUCAUUGUUAUAGGUUCGACGGCAAUGACACAGUGACCUAUUGGCUCGGUCACUCCCCAAAUUAUCCAGAGAAUACCCUCAUCAUGCAGAAAGGCCGCUGGUGGAACAAUGGUGAUGUGGAUGUUUUUGAUGGAAACUAUAGUUCCCUUAGUUGGAUUCCCAUCACCGUAGUUGGCAGAAACCAUAGUGACUGUCCAGUAGCAAUAGACAAGCACCGCAAGUAUGUAUUAAAUCAGAAAACACCUGCCACUCCUAAACGCAGCAGGAGAGACAAUGGGGGUGAGUUACAGCAUGCUCAGAUAGAGAUUGGAGGAAAAGCAGUGAAGUUACCUUUAUACCCUAUGGCGCCUGAUCCACGUCAUAUUGUGUCAUAUUAUCUGCCCAAGGUUAAGGACCAUCUUUACUCGAAUAAGGCAGUAAGGGAUGUAGCACAAAGCUAUCUGUCUAGAAAUAUUUUUGUUCGAGAUGAUCCCAGCUCUGACACAUAUAAGUUAGUUGCAAAUGACAAAUUUCUGAGACGAUGGAAUGUUUUGCAGCCAGAAAAGGUUCAUCUUGUCAGGUGGGAUAAAAACAGAUCUUAUGGAGCAGUGUGUGAUAGACUAGGACGAAUUGAUAAGACUGAUAAGAAUAAUUUUGAUCUAAAUGGAAGUAAAAAUGGAUUACCAAAUGUUAAUGCUCUUUCCCUCGCUUGGCCAAGGUAUACUAAGUUGGAUGAUCCUUGGAAGGAGACCAUGCACGUGGAACGAUGCCUGGGUAUGGAAGUGAAACAUUGGUUCGUCCAGACGUUUCCUCCGCAUCGGCCUGACAAAUGUGCGGUAAUUAUAAACAAAAUUUUAGGUACCCCAGGGGCAAAGGUUCCAAUGGAAAUUUGCAACGCAUCUUUUGUGCGGCCAGAUUAUACAUGGGCAAAUUUCGCAGAUGUGCUGUUUCAGUAUGAUGUUGCUAUGUUAAUGGCUAAUCCAUCCGUCAUUCAAAUGGAACAACUACAUGACCAUCUUGAAAGUAGGUGUAAUAGCCCCACCUCAAUGGUCUAUAAUGUCACUGCUUGGAUGCAGUUGAAUAUGUUUCAUUUGUGUUUAGAAAUGAUUGCCAGCAGAAAGACCACUAUGCGGGUUCCUCGAUCCACGGAGGAUUUUGUAUGGAAAAAUUUCCAGCCCCAUCAGGUCUACAUGUGGCCACAGGUAUCUGAUGCUGCUAUGGGAGAUGAGUGGUUCGACAGGGAGAAACAGUUUCGUCAAUUUUUAAGGCCAAUUCCCUCCGUUCAAGAGUUACGAGGGUUACAUGAUGGGUGGAGUUUAAGUCAUUGUCUGCAUCAUAAGGCUGUCCAUACUAUAGGUCCUGAGUGGAACCCAGUUGAGAAGUGUAAAAAGACAGAUUGUUCCGAGACAGAGUAUUGUGUUACUAAUAUGACUACAUCUACAGAAUACUACCCUCAAGUAAAAUCGCAGCAAGCAAGUAAGAAAUACAUUAAUGAUUUCUUAAAACAGGUCAAGACUAAUGAUGUGUUUGCUGGCUAUGAAUAUUUGAAUUCAGUAUGGCUCCGAUCAACAGGUACCCCUUUCUUGUCAGAUCCUCAAGAACCCACGGCGUUAGCAAUAGCAUGGAUGUUUGCUUUCACAGUAGGGGCUAUUUUUACAGAUGUAACCGAGUCUGUAGAAGAAUUUGUUGAAGAAGCUUGGGAUGAUUUUGUGGAAGCUUCAGAGGACGCGCUUAUUGGAAUCUUUCAUUAUGGCUUGUAUGUUUUUGGAGGAUUUGUGGGAAUUAUUGUCCUGUGUUUGGUUGCGUGGGGAUUGGUACGCUGUUGUCUGUCCUAUGUGUUCAAAUCUGCUUGCAGGACUAUUAACCCGGUGGAGGAAGAUUUGCGACUGCGGAAGCUGACCAACAGUCUGCAGCAGCUGAUGAAGGAUGACGUCAACGCCCUGUUGUGAGUGGAAGGGCAGGGAGAGCCCUAAGCAUGGGGACUGGAUUAAUUAGUAUCCAGCUUGUCCAUGAUAGGGUGAAGAGACAAGUGUGACCCCUAGGGGAAACACGCGUCACCACUCCACCUUCCGUAGUGGCCUCACUGGAUAGACCAGACGUGGAGUAUUGGACUCCAUACCGGUCUAAAACGGGGGACUGAAGGAGAGGAUGGAGAUUCUGACGCUGAUUAUAUCCUUUCUUCAGAAUAUAUUAUCUCAUUAAUAUUGUGUGAUUAUUAAUCAAGUGUUUGAUCAGUAUUUAACCUCCAAGAUUGUUGUAUGAUGUGAUUAAAUGAAGAAAGCCAUCUAUAUAACUAUAGAUUGAUGCAUGCUUACUUAGAAACAUAUUAUUCCUUCCUAGAACUGACAGGUUUUACAUGUCAUGGACAUGUGUGUGAGUAUUCUUUUUCCUAGGGUCACCAGGUCAGCUAAAACGGACCAGGGGGCCUCUUCUAUGUGCCAUGGGAGAGACAUGCUGUCUCCUAACAUGUCUCAACGGACAUUAGAUAUUAAGAACUCUGUUUUAUCCUGUCUUCUUAUUCUUUAAGAUUAAUGUCAGCCUGCCCUUUGUGUGUAACCAACUGUAGUGAUAAAAAGACUUGCCAGUGCAAGAAAACCUUGGGAAUAAGCAGAUAAGGGCUGAGUUUGUGUAUGUGUGUGUGUGCCCAUAAAGUGAUGAGACCAACAUUGCUGGAUUCCAGACCUAGGAUGAGGUGCCUUCUUCAACCGUGCUGACGCCUGCUAUAAUCACUGGAGAUAUGCUGAAGAUGUAUAUGACCAUAUGUGAAGAUUGUCUAAGUUUAUCUAGGUUUUGGAACCAAUCAGAUCGCUGCUGACCAGUGCUUUGACGCAUUUGAAGUCUUCUGUCUGGAGUAUAACUAUGACUGAUUUUGUAUUAUACGGCAGUUCAGCUUACGAACUCCUGCGAGGGUAUUGACGCUGACUUCUGCCUAUGAAACUGCAAACUAUUUCCUUAAGUAAAAUUAUUAUUAUUAAUUGAACUCA